AUGGAUCCCUUUGUUCUUGCUCUCAGUAGAUUCAAUAGAUAGAAAUUCGAUGAAUGCAUUGAAAUUUGUACCUAAAUGCUUGACAAGAAUCCUUAUGAUUAGGUAAUAUCACUUAUCUUUACAAGUUAGGCAGCAUGGCUAUUGAAAUGCAGAGCUUUAACAAAAAAGAGCUGGAUUGAUGAUUUAGAAAUCGAUGAAGAAGGAGUGGCUGAUAUAUUAAUGGAUGAAAAUGCAAUCAAUAAUGCACCGAGGCCAGGAACUUCAUUCUCAAGACCACUAUCAUCAGCUGGAUAGCCUGGAGGAAUCUCAUAAAUGGUAAGACCAAUGUCAAAUGCAGGAAGGCCAAUUACCGGAUAUCAAAGACCAGGUACAAAUAGACCUGUUACUGGAAGCUCAAGAGGUAAUCUUGCCACAGCACUCUAAGGUCAAAGACCUGGAACAAACAGACCUGUUACAUCAGGUGGAAGAAUGAUUAGAUUAGGGACUGCUUCAAUGAUACAGCAAGGAGCUUAGUUUAUAAUGGCAGAUAAGUUGAAUGCGAAAAAUGUUGCCAAAAAAAAGCAUAUUGCUAAAGCAGUUGUAGAUUACCUAAUAUACGUAGAAUCAAAUUUUAGAAGAGCUCUUGAUAUUGCAAGUGAAGCCACAUCAUUGGUUAACUAUAAUGAUUGGUGGUGGAAAUCGCGCAUUGGGAAAUGCUAAUUCAAAAUGGGAAUUAUUAAGGAUGCUGAAAAGCAGUUUAUAUCAUCCUUAAAAACUUAGGACAUGAUUACGACUUAGAUCGAAUUAGCUAAAAUCGCGAUUAAAUAAGACUAACCUUUGAGAGCAAUCGAAAUUUAUACAAAUGCUAUGAAGAAAUAUCCUUAUGAAACUCAUCUGAUAACUGGUAUCGCAAGAAUACAUGACUUACUAAAUGAUCCUGGCAAAGCAGUCACAUUUUAUAAGAAAAUAUUAAUCUUCGAUAACUCAAGCAUUGAAUCAAUAGCGUAAUUGGCAAGUUAUCAUUUUUACACAGAUUAGCCUGAGGUGGCUUUGAGAUUUUAUAGGAGACUUGUUUAAUGUGGAGUCUAAAAUACUGAGCUCUGGAACAAUCUUGGUCUGUGCUGCUUUUAUGCAUCUUAAUACGAUAUGGCAUUAAGUUGUUUUGAUCGAGCACUUUCAUUAUCGGAUGAUACAAAUGCAGCAGACGUCUGGUACAAUAUUGGCCAUGUAGGUAUCGGUAUAGGAGAUCUCGGCUUAGCUUAUUAAUGUUUUAAGAUUGCUGUUUCACUUAAUCCUAAUCAUGCUGAAGCAUUUAAUAACCUAGGUGUACUUGAACUAAGAAGGGGUAAUAUUGAAUAAGCUAGGAAUAACUACAUUUAAUCUUCGAAGAUCGCAAGUUAUCUGUUUGAGCCUUGCUUUAAUGCAUCUUUGCUAAUGUUAAAGAAAGGUGAAUUCUAGGAAAGCUAUUAGAUGGCAAAUUCAGCAAUUUAGAUAUACCCUGAGCAUGCUGAUUCUAAGGAAUUGCUUAAAACAUUAAAUCAGCAUUUCUCAGUAAUGUGA